AGGGAGCACAGAGCACAGAGCAGCAGCCACACAAGGGUCGGGAGGUAUACACAGUCAACAGAACACAAUGAUGAGGGUCAGCCUGCAAACUCUGAUAACAUGUCUACUCUGGUGCGGUGCACUGACGACGAUGACGACGACAACAACAAACGUCACCUCCCAGGCUACGACUGGGAAAUCAACUACUCAACCUGCCAUGUCAACUAGUCCUGUCGCCAAUAGAAACGUCACCGAUACAACUCCCUCCACCAACAAUACAGCUUCCGUAACAACUGCUUCAGUCACUUAUAUAAAUUCCACCAGUGCGACUCUGCCCACCAACAAUACAGCUUCCGUGACAACUGCUAAUGUUUCCAAAGUAAAUUCAACCAGUGCGACUCUGCCCACCAAUGAUACAAGUACAGUGACAACUGCUAAUGUUCCCAAAGUAAAUUCAACCAGUGCGACUCUGCCCACCAAUGAUACAAGUACAGUGGCAACUACUUAUGUCACCGAUAUAAAUUCCACCAGUGCAGCUCCAUCCAUCAACAAUACAGCUGCCACCCCAACUUCAGCCACCACUGUGAAAAACAACACUCCAGACUCGGCCACUUCACCUGAAACACAAACCGUGUCCAUGUCUUCUUCAUCUUCUUCCUCAUUCGCAUCAUCCCCAUCUAUAACAACGGGCACCCAGGCCUCUAGCACCAGCAUUACCAGCUCCGGCACCACACUACAGGAAGGACACGAGUCCAAGGCUCUGAGCUCAGGAAGUAUUGCAGUCAUUCUCUGUGCGUUCAUCGUAAUCGUCCUCCUAGUGUUUGUCGGGCUGUACUACUACAGGAUCCGACACAGAUCCUAUGGCCCUCUUCUGGAAAACACUGAACGCACCAGUUUUGGAAACUUCGGCAACCCAAUGUAUGACCCUUAAAUCUUAAAUUAAAUUAGAUCUAAUCCAAUCAGAGUUCUGAAUCAUCUUGUAUUAGACUACUUACCAACAAUGACACCAAUUAAAAUUAGAAUAAAAGGACUAUUUGAGUACUAAAUGCACAUGUGCUGUUACUGAGCGCUGCUGGUGAUUAGGUUGAGAUUAUGUUAAAUUGCAAACUGUCUUUUUCUGUUUUAUGUUGUCUGUUUUGUCACUGUAUAUUUUAAUAUGGAACUAUUAUACUGCUCUCUUGGCCAGGACUCCAUUGAAAAUGAGAUUCUGAAUCUCAAUGGGAUUAUUUCCUGGUAAAAUAAAAGGUUAAUAAAAAAAUAAAUAAUAAAAUGACUUCGGGGCGGUCACAUUUUAGAACUUAUAGCGUGAUUGCAAAAUGCAAAACAAAUGUGACGUUUCUAUUGAACUUUGUUCAAGUAGCCUCAUUUUUUUUUUUUUUAUAGUUAACAAGGAAGGACACAGAGUUGCAGUUUUUACUCAGGUAGCUUUUAAAAACAGCUCUGGCUGCAUAGAUACAGCACGAAAUUAUAGUACCAAAAGUGAAAGGUUAAAUCACAGUAAAAACAAGCGUGUUCAUCAGGGAUAUCAUGUAUCUCACAGCAUAUUUGUAAAAAAGAAAAAAGGUGUGGAUUAAAAAAAAAAAAAAAAAAAGUUAAAAAAAACUUUGUAAAAUGGAAUAUUGAAAGGCAGUAUUUAGGAGUGGUAAUAGAUGAGGAAGAUCUGAGAAGUGAUAAUGUUUCACUGUGAAAGCUGCAAUGGGGAAAAAAAAAAAAAGUGUGUGAUAAAUGAAGUAAAAAAUAUAAAAAUAAGGCUUGAAUUUAGACAGAACAUACAGUUCAAUUAAUCCGCAGAAGACAUGACACAAAUGUUUCUUGUUUAAUGAUGGAUUGUUCUGUCAGGCACCUAUACUGAGAUACUUUUUUCCAAGGCAGUAAUCAUAAUAUAUAAUAUGUAUAUUAUUGUAUUAUAUAAAUAUUGUAAUAUCUAUGCUCAAAAUCCCUCUCCCAAUAUAUUGAUAGGCUAAUAUAUAUUGCUAUUCUAGGACAGGCAACUAUGCAGAUUUGGUCCCCCCCCCUCCCAUGUUCACUUUGUGCUUAUGGCCUUGCUUUCUUCUGAUUUAAAAUGUGAAUUGAUAAGGUUUCAGUCCCAACAGAAGAUAAAUGUUAAAUAUCAACCUGAAUGCAGCCAGCUACACAAAUCUCAAAGCUUAGACAGCGCUCAUCUACAAAUGUCCUGCUUUUGAAUGUACUUUAUGAUUCUGUAGAUUAUAGGGGGAGGUGAAGCAAGUUUGUAUUGAGUGCCAUUUGUAUUGAGAGGAAAAGAGCAAUGGAAGAUGGAGAUUCUGAGAAAGUGCUGAAAAGGAUGGCGACGACACUUAACAACACUUAUCGAGUUUGGAAGUAAGAUUGAGGCAGAAUCCUGAAAUGAAUAUGAGCAAUAUGAGCAAUUUUGAGCAAAAAGGUAAAAGCUAAUGCUGGCUUUCAUGUCCUUGCAAGCGUUUCAGAAUUUCUCCUAUAAUCUGGAGAGUAGAAACAUUUUUAUGCAACACAAAAAGGGGCAUCGUUAGCGUCAGCAGCUAUGACAACCCAGACAGGAGACUAAUUAUCUGAGGUUUCAUUCAUUCAUUUUCAAAUGAAGUGUUUUAAAGUGUUUUUUUUUAUAUUAUUUAUUUUUUAAAUAAACUAAAUGGUGCAGAGGCAGAGAGGGAGACUGGCCCCUGGUAUUCAUCCUUCUGAGGUGUCCUUGAGUAAAACACUGAAUCCCCUUCCUGCUCCAUGUGCCGCUGACCUUUGACCUCUCUGUAGAGGAACCAAAUAGAACAGCAAUCAUUUUAGAAUGGAGGACGGGAGAUAAUUGAAGUCACAUUACAUGUGGCCUUAAUGCAGUGUGGGGCAGGGGACUGUGUCUCUCCCAAAACUGAUAAACUUCAACUUUUAGUUUUAGUUUUUUUUUUUAUUAUCAUUAUUGAAUGUUAUUAGUGCGAUGUGUUUUCAUGUGUCUGUGUGAUUUUGCUUUGCUGAGCAGCUCCGCCAGACUGCAUUUUUUUGGGGGGGGCAUUUUUAGGCCUUUAUUUGACAGGACAGCUGAAGACAUGAAAGGGGAGAGAGGGGAGGUAAUGACAUGCAGUAAAGGGCCGCAGGUCGGAGUCGAACCCGGGCCCGCUGGGUCGAGGUGUAAGCCUCUAUACUGUAUAUGGGCACCCGCUCUACCAACUGUGCUAUCCGGGCGCCCCAGACUGCAUUUCAGAUUGUAAUUUUCGCCCCUUCAGUAUUUCAUUUGGUAAUGUUUGUUUGCACUUAGGUGAAUAAUAAUGUGACAUUUCAUUGUGCGAUAUGAUUGUAUUAAAUUGUUUGUGCAAUAAAAGUGAUGAAGAAAUAA